GACUCAGCAAAAACCCUCGGGAACGAAUUACAGACGACGAUGGCAAUGGCGAAAUGGUGGCGUGGGAUGAGAACGGCGGCGAAAUUCCCUCCGCCGUCGGUUCAGUCACUCUACUCCCAGUCUUCUCCUUACCACACGAUCCAAGCGGUCCCUCGAGAGGCCACCGGAAGCCGAGUCGCGGGACGAGAAAGGACACAGGGAAGGAUCCCGGCGGUGGUUUUCACGCAGAACCUCCUCGAGAAGAACCCUAAUGCUCGGUCCUCCGCCUCGUCCUCGAGAAAACGACUGUUGACUACCGAGAAGAAGCAAAUCCAAGCCAUCCUCAGGUCGGUCGAAUCACCUUUCUUCUGCUCCACUACCUUCCCGCUGCAGAUCCGGGCCGGGUCCGGGUCUUCCGUGCUGCUCGAAUCCGGCAACGUUCUCCCCGUUAAGAUACAUAGAGAGGAAGGGACCGGAAAGAUACUGAAUUUGGUGUUUGUUUGGGCGGAUCCAGGCACUGAAUUGAAAGUUGAUGUUCCAGUUGUUUUCAAGGGAGAAGAGAAUUGCCCUGGUCUCCAGAAAGGUGGCCGGUUGAACCAGUUCAGAACCACUCUCAAGCUUCUCUGCCCUGCAGAGAACAUCCCUCAAAAAAUCGAGGUCGACCUGAGCAAUCUGGACAUUGGAGAGAGAAUAUUCAUGCGAGACAUCAGCUUCCAUCCAUCGCUGAAGCUUCUGAGCAAGGAUGAGACGACCCCUGUAUGUAAGGUUGUUUCGACAGGUUUGAAAACGUCAAAGCCUGCUCUGGCAUAGUGGAGAACGGGCACUGCAAGAAAUAGCGCUUCGGGGUUUGGAUUACAAACAUGGAGAAUUCGUCCUUGGAGCGUAACCCGGUCAAUAUAUAUCCUCGUUGGGUUGAUUAGCAUCGUGAUCUGAAAAACAUCAGAACCUGUUUUGGCUGUUGUGAGAGAUGUGGAGUGUAUCAGUUGCUGCAGGAUGACUAAUUGAAUCUAGAAAGGCACUUAAGAAAAAACCCUGACAGAGUACACUUUUGCUCUCUUCUGUCGUGAUAGAUUUGACUGUGGAAAAUGUUGAGAUUCAGCAGUAAUAAUGGGUAUUUUCGCUU